AGGGGGAGUGUGUGAGAGAAGGGGAGUGUGUGAGAGAGAGAGAGUGAGAGAGAGUGUGUGAGAGCGUGUGUGAGAGUACGUCGAGGCUCUGAGCAGACUGGACGUUUCGGGGGUCUAUAGCUCAAGCAGCGGAUAACAGAUCGAUCUCCUCAGACGACAUGUCAACCGCUCUACUACGGAGGGACUCCAGCAAGCAGGGCCUGCAGAAGCUGCUCAGGGUGACGGCGCAGCGCAGCCUGGAGGAUGCAGAGGAGGUGGAGCGGGAGCAGCGCCGCCGGCGACGGGAAUCCCACCGCCGCCCAGAGGACCCCCAGAACGAGGAGGAGCCGAAGCCCGGCCGGACCUCCUCCCUGGAGGAGGAUGAGGGUUUCAGCGACGGAGGUGCCCAGCAGAGGGAGAGAGCGAGGAGGAGGCAGGCCGGCCUGGACUCCGGAGAGGAGGAGACGGCCUGGGACUCCUCACAGCCCCGCCUCAGGAGGCAGGAGAGGCAGGAGGAGGAGAAGGAGGAGGCCACCGAUGGGAGGACAGAGCCAGGACGUGCGGCUGGCAGGGAGCGGGUGGAGAGGGAGAAGGGGGGGACCAGGGGCGUGAGGCAGGUGGUCUGUCCCGCCCCCAACAGAGAGAUUGAACACAAGAAGGAAACAAAACUGAACCAAUCCAAGGCCUGCCUCCAGCAGGAAGUGUUUCACAGCAAGACCAACGGAAACACGUCCCCACAGGAAGUGACAUCAUGCAUGAACAUGAAAACAAUAAGGCCAAUCAGUCACCAGGAGAAGGAGAACCAGGAGCAGGAGCAGCUGAAGCAGAGACAGCAGGAGGCGGAGCAGGAGCUGGAGGUGAUGAAGAGGAGGAGGGAGGAGAGGAGGAGAGUCCGGGAGGAGGAGCUGCGCAGAGAGGAAGGGGAGGAGCUCCGCCUGGCCGGAGAGGAGGAGCAGCGCAGGAGACUGAAGGGACAGCCGGAGCGCAGGACGCCGGCUGCAGACCGGGGCCAGAGCUCCAGUCAGGAGGAGGGGGUCAGUCCGGUCUGCCCCAGAGCCACACCCAAGACAGACAGUGGUGAAGGUUGCGAUGCAGACAGUUCACACAUGAUCUCAGAGAGGACUGAGUCCCUGAGCCGAUCCCUGAAGAAGAGUAACAGCUUUAAGAAGACCCAGCCGCCGGUGCUGCUGUCCCGGCUGGACGACAGACUGGAGCAGUAUGCUAAUGCUAUCGAGACCUCCCAGCAGGAGGUGCGUGCCGUGCGGCGGUGCUCUGGGGACCUCCCCAGCCCCACCGGGCCCCUAGCCUCCAGGAGGAGUGUGUUCCAGGCCGGGGAGACCCCCAGCCCCUCCAGGCCGGCCGGCUGCAAGGCAAGCUAUGCUACAUGCUACGGGCUACACCAAGCAUGUUACAGGCUACACCCAACCAGGCUACAUGCUAUGGGCUACAUGCUACACCCAACAUGCUACAGGCUACACACAGCCAGGCUACACCCAACAUGCUACAGUUGACACCCAGCUAGGCUACAGGCUACACGCUACAGGCAACACCCAGCCAGGCUACAUGCUACACACUACAUCCAACAUGGUAUAGGCCACACCCAGCUAGGCUACAUGCUAUAUGAU